CUUUUGCAGGGUAAACUUUUUGACUCCACAAUAGCUGAUGAAGGAACGUGGACAUUAGAGGACAGGAAAUUGAUACGAAUUGUUCUAACAAAGACAAACCGCGAUGCUGGAAAUUGUUGGACGUCGCUGUUAGAAAAUGAAUACGCUGCUGAUCCUUGGGUACAGGACCAGAUGCAAAGGAAACUCACGCUGGAGCGAUUCCAAAGAGAGAACCCUGGAUUUGACUUCAGUGGGGCAGAAAUUUCUGGAAAUUACAGCAAAGGAGGACCAGACUUCUCUAGUCUUGAAAAGUAAACUGUUUUCCCCUGUGUCCCUUGAGAGGGAUAAUACAACGCACUUAAGGACUGGAAUGCGUAACUGGUGAAGACUUCCGUGAUCUAUUUGGCAGAAUGUUGGCAAUUACUUAUUUCUAUGAGAGAAAGAAGAUCUCUUCCAGUAGAAUCAAGAAAAAGUGGUAGCAGCUGAUUUUAAGCUGUGAUAAUGUUCUAAUACUGAGGACAAAAUACCCCAAAAGGUGUAGUCUUAAAAAAAAAAAAAGCACACACACACAGAAAAACACACGCCACCACCUUUAAGCAGAGUAUCUUUCUUUUCUUACCCCAUAUUAAACUAGUAAGUAACAAAUAUACCGUUUGUCUUUAUGCAAGAACGUUACCUUACUAACUUUUGACGAACAGAUCCUAGAAGCAAGAUACUUAACAUUUUUCUUGCAACAGGAAGGAUUUUAGGAAGGCUGUAGUUACACUUCUGAUUAGCAGUCCUGUAAGAGUUUGUAAAUUUCAUUCUAAAAUAGUGAUUUGAAUAAAGAAACUAAAGCGCGUUGCAGGAAAUAAGGGUUUACAAUCCAUUGCAUUGUCAAUUACAGGACUAAUGUUUAAUCCUAGCUACUAGGUAAAUGAUACCAGAAGACAGAGGUCAGGUGCAAGUCUGCAUACAAAUAAUUGUGUGUAACGCGUUACGUCCUUUCACUAUAGAUAUUUUAAAUUUGGAAGCGAGAGGAGUAUUUAAUGAUUUUUUGAAGCGACAGAAUACUUGAAGAAGCUACUAAAGAAGGAUAAGUCACAAAGUAGGAAAUGGUAUCUUAAGUCUCUUCAUGACCAACAUAUAGUGUAAGUUGCCUAUUAGGUAUCUAAGAUUAUAGAGUUCUAGACUUCUGUAAAUAUAAUUUUAAAUUUAAGAGCCAAAUUUUAUACUUGGCUAUUGCAUGAUUUAGUAUUUUGUAUGGGGAAAUUAUGCUUUCAGAUUUUCUGCUCAUUCUUAAAGAUGCAAUUGAGAACCAGUCCAACAACAGCGUUAUGAAGGGCUAAUGCCGUGUCUAUUAAAUAGACUGACAGAAGAAGAAAGCAUUAUUACUGAAUCCCAUUGUGUUCUGAAAAUACAGUACUAAAACUACUGCCCACAGUUAAGCCCUGAGCAAAAGUCUCUUCAAUGAAGAUAAACUGCCAGAAACUGCCAUUGUAUUGCUGAGCCUUAUUUUAAAACUGCAUCAUUAUUUCAGUUGCAUAUGACAAAAAUAAAACAACAGGUGGGGAGGACUGCUUCUAUUUUAA